AUGGCAAUCAUCGAUGUCUUCAAUGCUGAAAUUGCCCAACAAGUGAUAGACAGCUUGGGCGGGAAGCACCUCGUAAACUCUCUAAUCACUACUGUCGAGCGCCUCGCGCAGACGACAGAGACCCUUUCCUCAGACAUGACUACAACCCUCGCGUCUUUUACGCUGUUCGUAGAAGACCUGACCAUCGUUGUCGAGCGCCUCACGCAGAAAACCGACACGCUCUCCUCCGAUGUUGGUGCAACUUUGGCGCUGCUCGUGGAAAAUUUGACUGCGACAACGAAUGCGCUAGCGCUAGACAUGCAUUACCUACUGCAAGGUUGCAUCGCUCUUGUUGCGUUGCUGUGCUUGUUGACAGUCCUUUGCAUCGUGCGCUGGUGCUACGCAUUUAGUAGAGAGCUUCGGGGUGUGCAGCAUCUCAAGACCGCGUAA